AUACUUACGGAGAAUGAUGCCAGAGGAUGGAGAGCCAAGCUGCGGCACAAUAAAUACACAAGAAGUGACGAGGAGGCGAAGUCAAUAAGUGUUGAUGCAUGAGGGCUUUAGGUCCUGCUAGGAGAACCCAUGGAGCCAGACAUCAUGCCCUUGCACUCCUCCACCCCCCCUCCACUGGAUGAUGACGGCGACGGAGAGGCGGGAUCAGAGGAGGACGAGUUUGGGGACUUUGGUGGAUUCUCCGUCGGAGUGUCCCGCUUGUCUCCUGGCUUUACUGAUUCACUAUCCAGCCUCAGACAGCCUUUUCCCACCACAAAACCAGCCACUCAUCAACCCAAUUGUAGCUUUAAUCACCCAGUUGAACAAUCCCAACCCACACCCACUAUGGACUCGGGGUCUGGCCUUGGCCAGAUUUACGUGGAAGGGCAGGAUUGUAUCGCUGAAUCAGGUGUGCACCUCACAAAUGGGUACUCUGAAAGAGGCCACUACUCUGGGACCUACAUAGCCUCUGCAGCGGGUGUAUGCUCUCCCAGGGAAGAAACAGGGUUUGCUGAUUUCACUGUGUUUACAGAGCAGGCAGCACAUCCCUGGUGCUGUGGCUUCUCUCCCAUGAGCAGCAAAGAGCUGUGGGAUGGCAGAGGGGAAGAGACACACUCUGCCAGCAGCAUGGGUGAACAAAUCUGUGAUCAAGGACAGGAGGUUGUUAUGGACGCUGAGCCCAGAUCUCAAUGUGCAUGUAAGGCAAAGGAAAAUGUUUGCACUAAGGUCAAGCACUGUGAGGACAGAGAUGCAGCACUCGUGCCACCAUCUCAGGACCACCAUCAGCCUCAGGAAGCUGCAGCUGCUUUGGGUUUUCCAUCUGAAGAGCCUCCUACUGGGGAGGAGAAGACUAGUCAGAGCAAAAGGAGGCAUAGUUGGAGGCAGGAGGAUGGGGAGUCAGACGAAGACAGAGAUGAUCAAGACAUUUCUACUGUCCCUCAAACUUUCAGUGUGUAUGAGUCUGCAUCAGAGGACCUGGCAUCCUUCUGUGAUUAUCUGUCAUUUGAGGGUUGCUCUGCGGAUUUGGAACCAAAUGUUUCAUCUCUUGCUUCACAUUGGGAUCAGACUGACUGGGACCAGACUGAUGAUGAUGAGGAGGAAGAGCUGGGAAAUGACAGGCAUUCUGACUGUUUUGUCAACAACAGCUUGGCAAACCUCAGACCAUCUAUAGCAGAGAAGGGUUUUCAUUAUUGCGACCAAUCUGCGACUCAGGAAACUUCUGCUACCUCCAACCAGCCACAACCUGGAACACAUUCACAAGACAAUUUUGCAGACUUCACAGACUGCAGUUUCGAGCAUCACAGGGACCAAGGACACGUCCAAAAAGCUGAUGCAGUGGUGCAGAGUUUAGGAAACCUCCCACCAAGUGACAGCUUUGCUGAUUUCUGCUCAGCGCCCACGCAGGAAGACGGAGAGGGGUCGUGGGCGGAGUUCAAGGACCCAAGGGUUCAGGAGGAGGGGAAAACUUGGACGCAGUUCAGAGAGCCAGUCAGCAGCCUGCAGACUGAUGGGGACACUGAGGAGGAGCAGGACAGGGCAGGGCAAUGUGGGGUUUCCAGGAGGAACAGCUGUCAGCUGUCACUGUCCUGCCGUGUCCAGCAGCUUCUCCUGGCCAGUUUUCCAGAGGUAGAGAUCCCAACUGUGGAAUGUGAGGAGGACGUGCUCAGCCUCACUGCUCUGCUUCACACUCAACACCUCCCUGAGAGUGAGGAGGAGGAGACACCUGAACCCUGUUCCAGAUCUCAGUGGAUUCGGCGGGGGGUGUGGUGGCCACACCGGGACAUCCAUGACGCAGUUGGUCUCCAGUUUCAGUGGGGAGGUUCCCACACUAACAGGACUCUGCUCGGGUGCCUUGGUGUGGAGACGAAGAAUAUUGUGUUCAUUGGUACGAAGAAGCAGGCGGUGGCUGUGCCUGCUUUUGCAUCCAGCCUGGGAAUGCUCGAGCCCACCAAAGACUCUGUGUCAGCUGUCUGUUCUCCAGGACACACAGUGGUCACCACACAAGCACCUCCAGGGCCCCGGGACACACCAGACCCCUCAGCAGAUUCACUACAGGAGGCGCUUCCUUCCAGCCAGCUGGACUGGAGCAGCCGUGGCCUUAGCAGCUCUCAGGACGGCUGCUCUGCUCUCAACCUGGAUUAUUUUGGUCCUGAGGAGGAGAGCAGAUCCUACAGCAGCAGCGGCAGCAGCCGUAGCAACAGCCCUCCUCCAGGAGUUGACCGUGACCUGUAUGAGUUGACCAUCAGCAAACUGGAAACCAGCGCUAACAGUAGCCACAUGGAGGACGUUUUGAAUCGCCUGAUGUCCACAGCAGAGAAAACCAGCACUUCAGUCAGAAAACCUCAGCAGGACGAGGAGCUGAGUGCAGAGGCUGACAGGGUGAUCUCUGCACUCCCUAACCUGUCUUUCAUGCAGGCCAAGGUCCUCAUGUUCCCGAGCAUCCUCCUACCCAAACAAUGCUGUUCCCCAGAAUUACGGUGAUGCUGUAUCUCCACACACAUUUAUACUGAAUGCUCAACCUACAACCUAUUGCAGUUACCACAAGAUUCAAAUAUUCCUUGGAUAUACAAAGUGCUACAAGGAAACAAGAGGUACUGUGGACUCUAGUUGAUCCACCUGCUUUGGUCAAAAUACUCCACCU